AUGUCCCACCUUCUACUACCUGUUUACAUCUUCACCUUCCUCAUGGGGGUGCCGGCCAACAUCUUGGCGUUCUACACUUUCUGCCACAAAGUGCGCACCCGGGCGGCGCCCAUCGACGUCCUCCUCCUCAACCUCACCAUUUCCGACCUCAUUUUCUUGGCUUUCCUGCCCUUUAAAAUGAAGGAGGCCUCAGACAACAUGGCUUGGGUGUUACCCUUCCCGCUUUGUCCGUUUACCGGCUUCAUCUUCUACGGCACCAUCUACAAUAGCACCUUGCUGCUCACCGCCGUGGGUGUGGAGCGCUACUUGGGCGUGGCCUACCCCCUCAGGUACGCCCUGUGCCGCAGGCCCCGCAACGCCGUGGUGGCCUGUGUGCUCUUCUGGGUGGUGACCUCCUUGAACCUCAGCAUUGUCUACAUCAUGCCUUACGCCCAGUGGGGAAACGCAACCGCCAAGCCUCCGUCCACCUGCUACAUGGACUUCACUGAAUCCGAGCUGAAAAUCUUGCUGCCGGUCCGUCUGGAGCUCUUCUUCGUCCUCUUCUGCAUCCCCUUUCUCAUCUGCUGCUUCUGCUACGUCAACUUCAUCCUCAUCUUGUCGCGUCUCCCUAACAUCAGCAGGCGGCGGAGGCUGCGGGCCAUCGGACUUGCCCUCGGCACUCUGGUGGUGUUUGCCGUCUGCUUUGGGCCUUACAACGCCUCCCACGUGGUGGGCUAUGCACGCCAAGAGAGCCAGGAGUGGAGGAACGUAGCGUUGCUCUCAAGCACCCUCAAUGCAUGCCUGGAUCCGUUUAUCUUUUACUUCUCGUCGGCUGCAGUUCGGAGCAUGCUAAAACACUGCUUGAAGAAUGUCGUGGCCAAGCUGCACAUUCUAAGGUGUGGGUGACCUUUUUCUCCCACUUGAGAGGACAAUGUUAGCUUUAUGAAACUAAUUUGAAAGGAAAUUUGUUUUUGUGAGUGAGGGAUUUGCUCAUUAUGUAAUUUACUCAAUCAUAUAUGAUUCCCUCCGUGGUGCGAUAUUAGGUUUUAUUGCUUUGAAAAAAAGAGCACAGCCAACAACAAAUCUGCUGUUUGCCAUCCUUAUGCAAUUAAAUAUGAUGGGGUUGUUUGAAACAAUGCAAAUACUGCAACAUUUAUUAUUAAUCUUAAUUCAAUUGAUUUACACAGGCCGUAC